ACGCGCGGCUCGCUGCUGGCUGGCCGGUGUAUGACCCGCGGAGGGGAAAGGCGAAUGGUCCGAGGGUGUGGCGCCAGAACGAGGACGUCGCGCUCGGAUUUUGGAUCAGCCGCGGGGAGCGGCGGGGGCUGUUCAACGUGACGUGGGUGCGCAUCAACGACCGUGCCAUCAACAUGGCUUGCAUCUCGACCAAGGGCAUGUACCAGCGACCAGGCAAAGACACCAUCUGGGUCCACGGCGUUCCACACUCAGCCGAGAACUGCACUCGCUGGGUCUGGCAUGACAACUGCCGCGGGAAAGACGCCGACUCCCACUGGUGCCAGCAGUACAAGACCGCCGACCUCAACUUUGACGAUGCGCCGGUGCGCGCCGAGGACAGGAAGGCGCGCGGCUUGGCGCGUGGGCAGCCCGACGACUUGUGAGAGGGAGAGAGCUGUUGGUGCGUUUCAGCGCCGCGCCCGGAACGCAGCGGCCGGACGUUUGCUUCAUUGUCGGCUGAGGUGUCCGUGUCGGUGCGCGAUUGCAAGCGCGUGCGCGCGUUGAGUUGGUCAGUUGGAGAGCGUGGCGAGAGAAGCAGACGGGCUGGCGGCUGAGUCCACGGUCAGGGUGCCAGCGCGCAGCGCCCCGGGCCCCACCGUGUA